AUGCCCAUCCCCGGAAUCCCUCAACCGGCUGUGCCUUAUGGUAGCCUCGUCGUCAUUUCCGGCGUGAGUGGCUUCAUCGGCUCUCACGUCGCCGACCAAGCUAUAUCAGCUGGUUACAGGGUGCGUGGUACGACGCGAGACGUCUCUAAGAGUCAGUGGUUGGAAGAUUAUUUCCAAACCAAGUACGGCAGCCAUAUGUUCCACCUAGCCUCUGUUCCAGACAUGGAAGCUCCAGACGCAUUCAACAGAGCAGUCCAAGGGGCUGUUGGCUUCAUCCAUGUGGCCAACGACAUGCAGGGGUCUCGAGAUCCGGCCGUUGCCAUCCCUAGAGCAGUGAAUGGUGCAUUGAAUGCCGCCAAGGCAUCAUCGGAAGCCGGUUUGAAGAGAUUCGUCUUCACGUCAUCCUCCUUCGCGGUUACCCAACCUAAGCCUGGAAAGGUCUUUACACUUACUGCCGAGAGCUUCAACGAGGAAGCAGUUGAACGCAUUAAGCAACCUGGAGCCGACGGGGAAACUGUCUACUCCGCCAGCAAAGUGGAGGCGGAGCGCGCUCUCUCGCGUUGGGCGAAGGAGAAUAAAUCAUCCUUAAUCAUAAACACAGUUCAACCUAAUGCAAACAUCGGCCCGCUUAUCAAUGCUGAAAAACAAGGUUACCCGACCUCGGCUAGAUGGGUCAAGAAGUUGUGGGAUCAAGAUUACGACUCCUUGAGGAACACACCUCCUCAGCACUUUGUCAACGUACAAGACGAUGCCCGCUUGCAUGUCAUUGGAUUGGUUCAUCCACAGGUACGAGGAGAGCGUCUUUUUGCCAUUGCUGGGCCCGUAAACCUACAGGACAUAAUAGAGAUCUUGCGGGAGUCAUAUCCUCUCAAGCAUUGGGAGGAUUUUCCGACCAAUGAGAGAGAUCUGAGCUCCUUCAUACCCAGCAGAAGGGCGGAGGAGCUGCUCAUUGAGGCCUACGGUACAGGUUUCAUUGGGCUUGUAGAGAGUGUAAAGGGUAAUGCAGCCAAUCUGGUUUAG